GCGAGCGAGGCACCCGAGUCAGCGGCGAGCAAUGACCAUGACCACCAUGCCAGAGAGCCUAAAUAGCCCCGUCUCAGGCAAGGCGGUCUUCAUGGAGUUUGGCCCGCCCGGGCAGCAAAUGCCUCCGUCGCCCAUGGCCCACGGGCACUACUCCAUGCACUGUUUACACUCGGCCGGCCACUCGCAGCCGGACAGCUCGUACAGCGCCGCGUCCUCCUUCUCCAGACCGCUGGGCUACCCCUAUGUCAACUCGGUCAGCAGCCACUCGGGCAACCCUUACAUGAGCUCGGUGCAGUCCUACCCCAACAGCACCAGCUUGGCUCAGACUCGGUUAGAGGAGACAGGGACCGAGACGGAGAAAAGCACCGUGGUGGAAGGCGGCGAAGUGCGCUUUAACGGCAAAGGAAAAAAAAUCCGGAAGCCCCGGACGAUUUACUCCAGUUUGCAGCUGCAGGCUUUGAACCGGCGCUUCCAACAGACCCAGUACCUGGCUUUGCCGGAAAGAGCCGAGCUGGCCGCCUCCUUGGGCCUCACCCAGACUCAGGUCAAGAUCUGGUUCCAGAACAAGCGCUCCAAAUUCAAGAAGCUAAUGAAGCAAGGAGGAGCCGCCUUGGAAAGCAGCGCCCUGGCCAACGGGAGGUCGCUGUCGGCCAGCUCUCCGCCGGGGCCGCCCGUCUGGAACGCCAGCUCGACGUCGGGUAAGAGCUCCACGGGGGCCCCAGGCUCCUACAUCCCCAGCUACACGUCUUGGUAUCCUUCGGCCCACCAGGAGACUAUGCAGCAGCCUCAGCUGAUGUAAGCCGCGAAGGGCUGACCGGCGCCGGUUUGUGUGGUUUUGCUUUGGCUUUUGUGUUUGUUUUUUACCUUUGCAACGUUGAACCGACCAGCCGAUCGCCCCAUCGGCUGGAGCCACCGGACUCCGAACGAACAAGCGAACAAAGAAACGAACGCCCCCUGUUGCUCUGGGGAGAUCGCGCCCCGGAAGAAAGCCGCCUUCGUCCCGGAGAAGCCCGAGCCAGCCGGAGCGCCUCUGGGCCGCCGACCGUCUUGGGGCGCGGCUCCCGAGACAAGCACGGAUGCCAGGCGGGGCUGGUUCCCAUUGCAGACAACUGAGGCGGCGGCCCCAGAUCGUCCCCCAGCCGAGCGGGCGACAGCCUGCCAACCUCACCGCAGAAUCCGGCCCUCAGCUCUGGUGGACGAUCAGGACGCCGGCAGCAACGGACCUGUUUGUGCAAGGAAGGGAGGGGGAACACGGUCCUCUCUCUUGUCCGUCUUUCUGUCCUGUCCUAACGAAACGUAGGCCAUUCCGUUCAACUCAUCCUCCUGGCCACCGCCAAGGGACAAACAAUCCUUCCUUCCUUCCCUCCCUCUCAUUUCUUUCCUUCUUGGUGUUCGUUGUAGUCCUCAGUGUACAUUUCUUCUUUUGUCAAAUGGGAAAAGGGGAUUUUUUAAAUUAUUAUUAUUUAUUGACUUGAAACUACCACUAUGAGAGUCCUAAACAUUUUUUAAAAUAAACUUAUGG